CCCGAUUGCGCCGCUGGAAAACCACCCAGGCGGGUCUGUGGUCUGCACGGAGCCCGCGCCACAGGUGUACCUCUUGACAUUUGACUCUGCUCCCGACAACCGGCUGACACAUCACUUUAUAUCUGCCAUGCUCACAGCCCUCGAUCUCGUGGAGGCCCGGCUGCCUUCCGGUGUUGUAGUCACCACGUCUGCCAUACCUAAGUUCUACUCCAACGGCCUCGACCUAGCGCUCGCGAGCAGCAUGGAUCGUUUCUUCGAAAAUCAUCUUUACAAGCUGCUCAGCCGCUUCAUCUCUUACCCCAUGCCGACCAUCGCCCUCGUCAACGGACACGCGUUUGCAGGAGGCUUCAUGCUCGCCAUGCACCACGACUACCGCGUCUUCUCGGGCUCCAAGGGCUUCCUCAGCGUCAACGAGAUUGAUUUCGGCGCUCCGAUCCCUUUCCCGCUACUCAACAUCUACCAGAUCAAGGUCCGGCCCAAUUUCGUCCGGGAUACGGUGCUCGAAGGCAAGCGGUGGACAGCGCAGGCAGCGCUCGAGGCCGGCCUCAUUGACAGCGCGGAAGGGUGGAAGGGUGUGGAGGCGCUUGUCAAGGAUCGGAAUCUUGUCACGAAGGGCUCGACUGGAGUAUACCGGCUCCUCAAAAAGGGCAUUUACAGAGAGCAGUUGGCCAUGCUGGACAGUCAAGGCGACGAGACGGCCAUUUUCAGCGACAUGAUGAAGGUGGAGGCCGAGGAGAAGGCUGCAAUCAGGAAAAAGGCGGAGGCAGCAAAAUUGUGAAGACCUAUCAAAUUUUGAGUUGGUGCCAAGCAUGGUGGAGUGCUUGGAUGCGCCUACCAUACAGUCGACAGCCGGGAUGAGACCACUGGGAUCAAAAGAAAAAAAUAUUAUCCAAUUUUUUGUUUUGGCGCUCUAGGCAGUCUAGGGAGAAGUAACUGG